CGCCAGUUAAAUUCAUGACCGCAUACCGAAAAUGGAAGCAUCAUCUCAUCUCUUUGCACUUCACUCGCGUCUUCUUCAUACACCUUCUCCGUUGUUCUGUAACAUCCUCUCUCCAUAGCUCCCUAACUCAAUUUCUGACAUUGUUGACAUUAUUAUCCUCGUGUUUCAUUAUAGUCGCACCAAACCGGAAUCGAGUUCGUAUUCGGGCCAAAUCAUGUCCGGAGAAUCAGAGCUUCGACUUGGAUACUACCAACAAAACCCAGGGGGAUGAAAAAUCGAUGUCACGGAGACAGUGGAUGACGACAUGUGUUUGCUUAUCUCCAGCUUUGAUCACCAAUGCUUACACAUUUGUCUCUGUACAAAGCGCAGAAGCUUUAGACAAGAAACCAGGAGUUUGCCGUAACUGUCAGGGCAUUGGUGCUGUUCUUUGUGAUAUGUGUGGGGGUACAGGAAAAUGGAAAGCUCUCAACCGAAAACGUGCCAAAGAUGUUUAUGAGUUUACUGAAUGUCCUAACUGCUACGGUCGAGGCAAGCUUGUGUGUCCGGUCUGUUUAGGCACAGGCUUACCAAACAACAAGGGUCUUCUCAGAAGGCCUGGUGCUCGUGAGCUACUCGACAAGAUGUACAAUGGUCGGCUUCUCCCCAAUUCGUGAGCAGGUUUAGGUCCUUUACAUCUCCAAAUGUUAAGAGUAUUGGUUCCUUUACUAGUUUAAGGCUUGACACGCUUCUCUCCCUGAUCCUUCUAUCUCUUGUAACUCUCGCAGAUUGUUUUUACAAAUCUGCUUUUAAGCACAGGCCAAUAUACAUGAUUAUAGAAGGAUGUGAUACAAGAUGAUGUUUUGUAAUGAUAUGCUAGCUUUGGGGUUGUACAUUCUUAUAAACCUAUGUAAACUCAUAACCUAACAAUGCCUUAGCGGUAAAAAUUAGUUUCAAACCAAAAA